AUGCCUGGUUCUUCUAGUGGGCAUCCCGAUGCACGGGGCUCCCUUCAGUCCCCGCCGCCAUUUGCCGCGAGAGGUUGCUUCGAGUGUGGAGAUUUGGGUCAUAUCAAGAGGUUUUGUCCCCAUCUUACGGGAGGAUCAUCCCAGCAGAGGAGUCAGCUUUCAGCUUCAGCACUAGUUACUUCCCCACUCGCUCAGUUAGCUUGGGGUGGAGGUAUCGUCCCAGAUGAUAAUGCUGAAGAAGAUGAUAUUACUGGGAUGAUUCAUGAUGCUUAUGGAUAUGCGAAUACACCUGAUGCAAAUAAUCUUCCACACCAUAAUGAAGAACCAAAUUUGCAAGCACAAAAGUUCUACAAAUUACUUGAAGAUGCUGAGACAGAAAUUUAUCCUGGUUGUAAAAAUGUGUCCAAGUUGUCUUUUGUGGUUAGACUACUUCACUUGAAGUGCCUUAAUCAUUGGACCAACAAAUCAAUGGAUGACUUGUUGAGUUUCUUUAAAGAAGUUCUUCCGGUGGAGUCAUUUGUUCCAAAUUCUUUCUAUGAAGCAAAGAAAGUACUUCGAGACUUAGGCUUGGGGUACACCAAAAUAGAUGCAUGUCAGAAUGAUUGUAUCUUAUAUUGGCGCGAGCAUGCCAAUGCACAGUCAUGUCCUAAGUGCGGUGAGUCUAGAUGGAAGUCAAAAGAGAAUGGAGGCAAGAAAGUAGCUCAUAAAGUCUUACGACAUUUUCCUACCAAACCAAGACUGCAGAGAUUAUACAUGGCAAGAGAGACAGCAAAAAAGAUGAGGCGGCAUAAGGAGGAACAUGUUGAUGAUGGUAUCUUGCGACAUCCGUCUGAUGCAAUGGCAUGGAAAUCUUUUGAUGAGAAACAUCCCAGCUUUUCUGCUGAAUUAAGAAAUGUUCGAUUAGGUUUAGCAAGCGAUGGGUUCCAGCCUUAUGGGAACAUGAGUUCCAACCGUAGCAUAUGGCCAGUCGUACUAGUUCCGUAUAAUUUACCCCCCUGGGAUUGCAUGAAGAGUGAGUAUUUCAUGAUGACAAUUCUUAUUCCAGGUCCUAAGUGUCCAGGCAAUGAUAUAGAUGUAUAUUUACAACCGAUGAUUAAAGAAUUAAAAGAAUUAUGGGAAGGAGUAGAAAAUUAUGAUGCACACUCAAAAUCUAACUUUAUGAUGCGUGCGGCUAUCAUGUGGACAAUUAAUGACUUUCCUGAAUAUGGGAACCUUUCAGGAUUGUCAACCAAGGGCAAAUUUGCAUGCCCUUGUUGCCACAAAGAUACACAAUCGAUUUCAUUACGUAGUAAAUUGUGUUAUAUGGGGCAUCGUUGCUUCCUUCCAUUAGACCAUCCAUGGCGCAAAAAUAAGAGGUUAUUUGAUGGGAAAGUGGAAAAGGGAGUUGCACCUAAUCCUUUAAUAGGUGAUGAUGUACUUAUGCAACUACAAGGGUUGGGUAACGUGACUUUCGGUAAAGGGCAAAAGCGAAAGCGUAAUGCCCCUAAUAAUGCUUACAAUUGGAAGAAGAAAAAUCUUGAUAUCUUAGAGGCUGAAAUUACUAUCACAUUGUGCAAGUUCCAAAUGGUUUUCCCUCCUGCGUUUUUCGAUGUCAUGGUUCAUUUGCCCAUUCAUUUGGCAAGAGAGGCAAAACUAGGUGGACCAGUUCAAUAUCGGUGGAUGUACCCUUUUGAAAGGUAUUUGCGAAUACUUAAGUCGUAUGUUUGCAACUAUGCUCGUCCUGAAGGCUCAAUUGCAGAAGGUUAUUUGGCAGAAGAAAGCCUCACAUUUUGCUCGCGCUACUUAAAAGAAUAUCUCAACCAAGUUCAAUAG